UAUCAAUCGGGCUCAGCCUCUAACUCCAAUAACCCGCGAAUCCGACCCACAUUUAUCGCCACCGACCCGCAUCUACCACCACCACAACUUCCAAUUCCAUUUUCCUCCACUUUCUCUCACUCUCUGCUUACAUGUUCUUCUCCUUCUUCUGGUUUCCAAUUUCGGGUUCGCGAUCCCAAAUUGAUUUGACCAUUGUCUGAAAUUCUCACGUUCUGUGUAUGGAGAAGAUGAGUGAGGUGGACCCCACGUUAGAAGUAUUCUACGAGGAGAAGAAGCGGGUCCGGAACCCUUGGGUACCAGUUGGGGCUAUGUUGACUGCUGGCGUGCUCACCGCCGGCUUAAUCAGUUUCAGGCAAGGCAAUUCUCAGUUAGGCCAGAAGCUAAUGAGAGCUCGUGUCGUCGUCCAGGGUGCCACAGUGGCUCUUAUGGUUGGCAGUGCAUACUACUACGGGGAUAAUCCGUGGAAAAAAUCGAGUUAAAUCGUUUUCUUCUGUUAUUUUCGUUCAUCGUUACAAUUACAUUGUUGUUUCAUUCAUGUUGAAGCAAAAUGAGGUUUACGUGAGUUGCAUAGCUUGCGCUAAAUAAGCAACACACAUGUGGCUGCUAGUACUAAAUGAUGUCAAUGAUUUAAUCACGGCUCGUUUGUCACGCGAUUGGUGUACGCAUGUAGCACUGUUUGGGUUUCCGUC